AUGCAGAAGCUGAUGGACGCCUAUUGCAGCCGCCUGGGCUUGCAAGCAUCGCAGGUCCGUUUUAUGGUGGACGGUGAGCGUAUCGCGGCGGACGACACGGCGGAGAAGCUGGGGCUUGAGGACGAGGAUCUGAUCGACGUGGCCAUGGAACAGACAGGCGCAUCUGGCGACUUCAGGUGGCCGCUAGAGCCUGGUGAGCGAGCGGCAGCACACGACACGGGUCCCGGCGAUUUGCGGAUGGAUUUCGGGCAAAUUUUCUCGCGGCUCGCAUGCGUCCGUGGUCUCCACCUACUUCAGCGCCGCUUCUGGUGCCUGCUCUUCAGCGGGGCGCUCGGACCGGAGCUCACGCGGAGGACUCGAGUGGUCUUCGCCGGCAUGUGCUGCCACUGCGGCGCGGCGGCGGAAGGCGAGGUGCGGCCAGGCUUCAUCACCACGGAGCUCAAGGUCUCCAGCAGUGUUCUACGUGGCCUGGAGCAAGGAAGGCAGGGUCAGCGGCGCUUGGCCCUGAUCCUUGACCUUGACCAUACCCUGGUCACAGCCAGCGAGGGCAAAAUUUGGCACCGCCCGGGCUUGCGGCCCUUCUUGCAGGUGCAGGAGUUCUGUGACCUGUAUGUCUACACGCAAGCAACAGGUCACUACGCCCAGCAAGCCGUCGCCAGCUUCGACCCCGGCGGCACCUUGCAAAAUCGGAUCUUUCACCGGGAGAACACGCCGGCAGGUCUGAAAGACCUCACGCAGAUCUUUCCCAGCAACGCCUCCUGGGUGCUGGUGGCGGACGACCGCGAGGACGUUUGGCCGCAAGAGGUGCGGGACUCCCAAGUCCUUAAGGUGCUUCCAUACUUGCCCUUCCCCGAGGAUCUUCGGCAAGCUGUGGAUUUGGAGGGCCUCAUCACCGGACAAGUGCAGGCCCCAGCUACGCCCUUCAAGCGGCGGCGCCUGGAUUCCUCGAAAGCCUAUUGCGCUGCGACUGUGCGCGGGGACCAGCAGUUGAAGUAUUUGGCCGAGAUCCUGCGGCGUCUUCAUGAGGCGUUACAAGAAGGCGAAGGUGAGGAAAGCGUGUCCACGAUGCGCGCGGCUGUGCAACGCUUGCGGGGUCAGACCCUCGCUGGGUGCCGUCUUUGCCUCACCGGGCUGCGCCAGCAGGCGAAGCUGCGGCUGGAGCGCUGCUGCCUGCUGCUGGGCGCUGAAGUGGCAGCGUUGCCGGAAGGCGCCACCCACGUGGUGGCAGCUCAGCGCACGGAGAAGCUCUGGAGGGCUCGAUCGCAAGAAGUGGCCGUGGUUCACCCCGGCUGGCUGCUGCGGGCCUUCGUCACGUGGCAGCGACCUUGCGAGCAGAAGUUCCAGGUGCCAUUCAAGGGGCAGCUCCCGUGCUUCCUGGACAUUUGGGACGAGGCCAGGCCCGUGCAAGGAACAGCUCUCGACGACUCGCGCGGGCGGGAUCCCUCGCUCCUGCAGUGGGCGACAGAAAUGAUGCGUGUCAGCGAUGUCGGCGCGGGCAAGCGGCGCCUGCUGCAGCAGUCUGUUCCCAAGCAGCAGCUGGUCGUGCCCGGCAGCAGCUACGCAAGCCGGCUGGAACUGAAGUCCAUGAAGCUAAAGAUGGUCUUCCAAAUUCCUGACUUCCAUGAUUGGAAGAAGGGUUCAGUGUGCAGUGUUCAAAUGACGGAACAGGCCUUUGUGGAGCUGGGCGUGCGCGGCAGGCGGGCAGAAGCCCUGCGCAGCUCGGCAACGGAGCAAGCUCGUGGCCUGCACGUGAGGGGCAGUGAUGGGCGACCGCAGGACGUGGUGUUCCGCCUCAGCCGGCAGGUGGACAGCUUUGAGAUCGGUCCAGAGACGGGGCGGGGCCACAGCGUGUCGCUGGCCGAGGCAGGGGCUUGCCUCUUGGCACUUCUGCAGCUGGCCACCGCAGCGCGCCAGGAGAGCCAGGCUCAAGCCAUUGCCGGCGGCAUCAGGGCGCAUUCUGCUGCGGCGCGGCAGCAGGAAGACGCGCUCGACCACGCCCAAGUUGUGCCAGCGCACAUCUCCCGAGCUAUCCGAACUGCGGAGAGUGAUCGCGCUGCUCGAGAAAGCACUCUCAAAGCGGCAGUUGAAGCAGCAAGGGCGAAGAAGGAAAGAUUGGCGGAAGCGGUGACAAGCAAAGCCACGGCGCUGACCGAAGCGGAGAGCCGGCAAACCAUGGCCGAGAGCAGCGCAACUUCGGCCCGCAACGCCCUGAUGGCGGCGGAGAAGGCCGCCUCGGAGCACGCGCUCCACGGAGAAGCCCUCCAGGGCGCCUUGGCGGAGCUGGAGACGUCCUCCCAGGAGGCGGAGCAGCUCGCCGCCGCCGUCGCCGACAAGGAAGAGAAGAAUAAUGCGGCGAUUGCGGCGAUGCAGGCUGAGCUCCAAGCAUUGAAGGAUCAGUUCGAUGCAAAGGAAGAGGAGAGGACAAGAGCGGAGGCAGCCAUGCUGGACGUGAAGGGGAAGCUCAUGGCUACAUCUCAGUUCAAGGCUGACCGUGAGCAAGACCAGAUCAGCGCCGAGAGGGCUGCCAGCGAUGCUGCCAAGGAGCUCCGGGAGUCGCAGGCCAGCCUGGACAGGGCCAUGACCACUGUCAAGAGGGCCGAAGCGGAAGUGUCCGAGGCGGCAGCAGAGGAGGAGCAGGAGAAGGUCAAACACGAGAACGUCUCGAGGAGCCUCCAGCUGCUCCGGAAGCUGAAGCUGGCCAUCGAGACCUUCUACAACUCCAUCGAUGCCUUGCAAGAGAGCAUGGGCACUGCCAUAGAAGGCAAGGCCUAUGAGCAAAUCAGACGUGACGAGAACCUGGCGAAGGCAUACAAGGAGUACAAUCUUAUGAUCAACGUCUUCAUUGAAUUGCACAACGCCGACGAUAAGACCUACAAUGAGGUCAAACCGGCAGUGGCCCAAAUCGAUGAGAACUACCUGGCAGAUAUCGACUACAUCUGCGACCCCAACAACGAUCUGGGCGCGCAUACGGCUGAGAAUACCGACCUGAACGAGAAGUGCGGCGAUGGUCUUUGGGACGCUGUGGGCCUGACCAAGCUCACCGUGCCGUGA